AUAGUGCGCAUUUUUCCACCCAUCAGUUUCCUGUUAUUGGAAAUUUUGUUGGAAAGGGACAUACGUUGGUUUACACGUUGGUUCACAAAGCGGUUUUUAAAUCAUGGAUGUCAUAACAAAGUGUUUUAUUCUGCUUUGUAUUUUUCUUCAUUUUGGGACUUCACCGUCGGUUCAAGCGGAAACACAUUCCCUGUACUACAUAUACACCGGUUUAUCCAAACCUGUAAAUCGGCCAGGCAUCUAUGAUUUUAUUGCCAUGGGUUUACUGGAUGACAGACAGAUUGAUUACUACGAUAGCAAGGAACAGAAAAAGAUUCCUAAACAGGAGUGGAUGAAAGAGAAUUUGCCAGCGGAUUACUGGGAGAAAGGCACCCAAUCACGUAAGAGCAAAGAGCAGUGGUUUAAUGUGAAUGUCAACAUUCUGAUGGAACGAAUGAGACACAAUGAGUCAGAUCUUCAUGUUCUUCAGUGGAGACAUGGUUGUGAAAUUGAGAAAGAAGGUGAUAAAGUUACAUUUUCUAAAGGCAUCAGUGAGUACGCCUAUGAUGGUGAGAACUUCCUUUCCUUUGAUGAUAUGACUUCACAGUGGGUUGCCCCAGUUAAUGCAGCUGUCCCAACAAAGAGGAAAUGGGAUAAUGUGCCCAUAUUAAACCAGUACGUCAAAGGUUACCUGGAAAAGGAGUGUGUGGACUGGCUCAACAAAUACUUAGAAUUUAGAGAUAAGAAGCUCCGAAAAAGCUCUCCACCAGAGGUUCGUGUGUUUUCAAGGUCUCACAGUGACAAAAACACUUUCAGGCUCACCUGUAUGGCCACUGGCUUCUACGGCAAAGAUAUAUCAUUGAUAAUUAGGAAAAAUCGCGAACCCCUGUCUGAAGACAAGAUUGAAACCACAGGAGUCAGACCAAAUCAUGAUGUAACAUACCAGCUGCGGAAGAGUCUGGAACUCAUGGAGAAAGAAAACGAAGAAGAUUAUGAUUGUUUAGUGACACACAAAACACUACAAGAACCAAUAAUCAGCAAAUGGGAAAAUUUGACCCAGACCCAAAUGACACCGGUGGCAAGUGGAUCAGACACAGAGACACAGCUAGCCACUGCAAUCAAUAUAAUGUACCGUGUACUUCAGAAACAAUAUGACGUAUUUACACUGGAAGAGACUAAGCUAAGAUUAGAAAUACAAAAACUAGAAUUAGAAAAAACUAAGCUACAGUUGGAGCUACAAAAACUCAGACAUGAAGUAUAGAUCUCAUUGACCAUUGCCAAUUGUUAUGUAAUGCAAGACAACUUAAUAUGUAAAACACCAGCAACUUGUAUUACGAUGUUUAUUCACCAGUUUUAUAACCACUGAAUUAAAAGAAAAUUAAGACACAUAUACAGUAUUGUUGUAGUAGCUUAGUAUAAUAGAGUAGAAAGAAAGAAAUAUGUAUUAGAAAGAAUAAUGCAUUUGAUCUAUAAAAACAAAGAACACGUUACCAUUAGAUAAGGCAGCAUGUCUUACAGACCAAGAGGAUGGUGGAGAGCUCAUGCAUGGAGACAAAAAAUCAAGAGAAAGAGGUCACUAGUGUGUAAGGGUAUUUUGGGAUUUGAUGACUAUAUGAGGAUGAAGCUCAAUGAGUUUGACAGAAACUGUUUCUCCUGGGUUUGCUGAAGACUUAGUGUGCCUUUGAUUUAGUGUAACCGAUUACCUGCUAACUUUGUGCAUUUAUUUUGUAUUUAGCAAAAAAGUAUUAUUGUAAUACGUCCAAUUGUAAUAAUAAAACGUUUUAUUACUAAAAGACAAGAAGAA